UAUCGCAUCUCUCUCCGCUUCUUCGCAGGCAGCAAAAGGUUUAUGAAAAUUCCGAUCACACUAUCAAGUAGGGUUUUCGGAUUUCGCUCUUCUUCUCUUCCCAAUUCGGAAAGUAGCAAUGGGCGCGCAGAAGAAAGGCAAGGUUGCGGAGGACGCCAUGGAGCUGGCUCGUAAUCCACUACAGGCCAUUCUCUUGGCCGAUAGCUUCACCACCAAGUUCCGCCCCAUCACCCUCGAGCGCCCUAAAGUUCUCUUGCCGCUGGUGAACGUCCCGAUGAUUGACUACACGCUCGCUUGGCUGGAAUCGGCUGGUGUCGAGGAGGUUUUCAUUUUCUGCUGUGCGCAUUCGAGGCAGGUCAUGGAUUACUUGGAGAGCUCGGAGUGGCACAAGCAGCCCAACUUCACCGUCACCACGAUUGAGUCGCACAAUUCGAUUAGCGCCGGUGAUGCUUUGAGGUUGAUAUACGAGCGCAAUGUGCCUUAGAGUGUUGAUUGUGAAUUUGUUACUGCUGUAUGAUCCUGAUCGGUAUUGUGUUCUUCGUGAAGAUACACGGGGACUUUGUCCUGGUCAGUGGGGAUACAGUGAGCAACAUGUCACUGACCCAGGCAGUAAAAGAACACAAGGAGAGAAGAAAGAAGGACAACAAUGCAGUCAUGACCAUGGUCAUCAAGAAAUCAAAGCCUUCUCCAGUCAUCCACCAGUCGCGUCUGGGCACCGAUGAGCUUUUCAUGGCCAUUGAUCCUGAUACCAAGCAGCUUCUCUGCUAUGAGGAGAGAGGAGAGCACCCGAGAGGAGCUAUAUCUAUUGACAAUGCGUUACUUGCUGAUAAUCCUUCUAUCUCGCUUCAUAAUGAUAAGCAGGAUUGCUAUAUAGAUAUAUGCUCUCAAGAGGUGCUGAGUUUGUUUACAGACAAUUUUGACUAUCAACAUCUUCGGCGUCAUUUCGUUAAAGGCUUGCUGGUUGAUGAUAUAAUGGGGUACAAAAUAUUUACUCAUGAAAUUCUCUCUAGCUAUGCGGCUAGGAUUGAUAACUACAGGAGCUAUGACACGAUUAGUAAGGAUAUCAUUCAGAGGUGGACAUACCCGUUUGUGCCAGAUGUGAAAUUUUCUGCAAAUUGCACUACUAAACUUGAAAGAGAGGGGAUGUACAAGGCACCAGAAACACAACAGUCACGUUCAGCUAAUAUCGGGCCAUUUACUGUUAUUGGAAAAGGGACAAGAAUUGGGGAUGAUUCAAGAAUUACUCAUUCUGUUAUUGGAGAAGGAUGUACAAUUGGAUCUAAUGUUUCAAUAGUGGGUUCAUACAUAUGGAACAAUGUUACCAUUGAGGAUGGUUGUGAGCUGCGACAUGCAAUAGUAUGUGAUGGUGUGAUUAUAAAAGAAGGUGCAACCUUGGAACCUGGGGUUGUAUUGUCUUUGAAGGUUGUAAUUGGAAGAGAAUUUGUCGUCCCUGCCUACUCGAAAGUGUCUCUGUUUCAGCAGCCAACUGCGCAAGAUAGUGAUGAAGAGUUGGAGUACGCUGAUAACAGCAGUGGAGCAAUAGAUCCAUCCGUUGCUGAUGCCGGUAACAAGUUGAAUGGGGGAAUAGUAUCUGAAUCAUCUCAAAUACAAGAUUGGUCUAGUUCACAGCUUGGACCUGGUGGUGCUGGUUUUAUUUGGUCAGCUUGCGAUGGAGGUUGUGAGGAAGAGUGGAGGCACUCUGUUGCACCGAUUCCUACAGAUCAACUUGCCAAGGCAUUGCUAGCCAUGGAGGAGGAUUUGGAGAUCGUAAAUGUUCAAGAAAAUGCUCUUACACCUUCUGGAGAGUUGAAACCUGGGUCUGACGAUGAUGACUCUGAUAAUAUGGAUGACUUCAAUGUCGACACUGUUGAUUUCGAGAAAGAGGCUGAAGCAACCUUUAUGAGGGCUGCUGAGGACAAUAUUGCAGUCGAUGAUUUAAUCCUUGAAGUGAACUCACUAAGGUUAUCAUACAACAAGUCUGCUGGGGACUGUGCUGGAGCCCUAUUUUAUCCAAUGAUGAAACUGGCUUUGGAAUCUCCAUAUAACACAGCUGUUGAAUUGCAAAAGAACGUUGCUAGUGUUGUGAGCAAGUGGCACAAACUAUUCGAGGUGCUUGCUAGAGAAGUUGAUGACCAGGUUUGUGUGGUUUUUCAUUACAUUUCUUUUGAAAUUUUAGCUUACUCAUUGAUUGAAAUUAAUGGCAAUGAACUCUUUUUAUGCAUUGUUCACCUGCCUGCCUCUAGGCGGUCAAGGUGAACAAAGGUUGUCCAAUAAUUUUUGUAAGCCCUUGUUCACCUUUCUAUAAUGUUGAUCGUUAUGCAAUCCCUCUACUUGAACGGAUGCUCUAUGUUUUUCCUGGUACAGAUUGAACUGAUAAUGAAAUUUGAAGAAAUGUGUCUCGAGUCUACGAAAGAGUUCGCUCCAAUUUUCUCCCAGAUUUUGCAUCUUCUAUAUCAAACCGACAUAUUAGGAGAGGAGGCCAUUUUUAAGUGGGACGACGAGCGAAAAGAUGCAGAUGAAUCUGACAGGGUUUUCGUGAAACAAUCAGAGAAGUUCAUUCAAUGGUUGAGGGAAGCGGAGGAGGAAGAAGACUGAAAACAGGUAGCAAGAGGUGGUGCUGAUUCGGUUUUUGAUACUCUGUUAAAAGCUGGUGGCAGGUAUAUAAAGAAGUGAUAGAUACAUACGAUUUGGACCGUGAUGUCCGGAAUCCAGCCGCCACCUUGUAACAUCGAAUUUAUGCUUCGAUUUUCAUGUACUAAUGUGAGAGAGUUCUCUUCUGAGCUGAGAGUUGCUAACUGCAAAGUCACCCUUGUCAGGGUUUUUUUUUACCCAGUCCUUUGGUUUCAGAUGUUCACCAUUUUGCGAUCAGAUGUAUAUGAUGCACAACAUUUGUAACAAGUAAGAAUGUAGUCAGGAGGCCUGUUUGCAAAUUGGUGUGCA